AUGUCAAAUACUCUACCAAAUGACCUAUGUUGGAUACGGACAUAUAAUACGUUUACACUGGAGCUGAGACUGCAGCCAUUGCCACAAACCUAUGUUGGAUACGGACCUAUGUUGGAUACCCAUGUUGGAUACGGACCUAUGUUGGAUAUCCAUGUGACCACGUAUGGAUACGGACCUAUGUUGGAUACCCAUGUGGUCACAUGGAACAUAGUGGCCACUCCCAACUGGAUGACAGAACUGAGCUGGCAGGGCGGAGUGCAGGAAGGUCCCAGCGAUGCCAUCGAGUACGUGGAUCGGAUAGAGCCCCUCCAGUUCCGAAUCAAGGCUCCCCUUGCAUACCGCUACAGCGAAGUCUUCCUCGGAGAGAACUACACGCAUCUGCUGGUGAACUUCACAUUCGAGCGCCGUCUGACUGCUUCCAUUGUCAACACCUACAUCCCGAGCGGACUGGUCGUAGUCUUGUCCUGGCUGUCUUUCUGGCUGGACGUCCACGCUGUGCAGGGACGCAUCACUCUCGGGGUGACGGCAAUCCUCACACUCACAACCCAGGUAGUGCAGUCCCGGAGCACUCUGCCGCCCGUGGACUACGUGAAGGCCGUAGACAUUUGGCUCUUUGCCUGUCUCAUCACCGUGUUCGCAUCGUUGCUAGAGUACGCCGUAGCUUACCAGCACGUCAAGGCGAAGCGACUUGGUCAGCAGGUGAGGGCUUCCGAAGGCGAAGAAGACAUCACGGACGACGAAAUUCUCGGAUCUGCUCUUUCCGGCGCUUCGACGGUCACUCAGAACACCAACCAGAGAAAGCCGGAGAGCGCGUCCCUGGCUUUCUGGAACGUUGUCCUCAGCAAGCUAAGGUACCUGGAAAUGACCAGCUCCAACAUCUUCGACAGCGUCUCCCGGCUUCUCUUUCCGGCAGCGUUCAUUCUCUUCAUGAUCUCGUACUGGGCACACUACUUGUCUUUCGACCGCGGAUAG